UGUCUGAAAUCGUCCAAGUCCUCCUGCCAAAAGUUUUCAGCCACGGACGAAUGCGUCCUACCCGCUUAAGGAGAAGGACCGCAUCCGCAGGAACAGCCCCUGCAAGAAGUUCACCCAACCUGGAAUUUUCUACGCGGUAGUGUCUGUUGUUUUAGAGUAUCGUCUGAGGUCUACAUAUCUUGACGGUGGAAUAAGCCCCCAGGCACUGACAAAGGUUCGGAAGGCGAGGAUGGACCGAGCCUCAAACCCCAGCCCCAGUGGCACCAGUCAGACAUCCCAGCCAGCUCAACACGAGCCCAUCAGUUUCGGCAUAGAUCAGAUUCUCAGUGGUACUGACCAAGAGUCCCAACAGAACACAACCAAAAGCAGUUCGGAUAACAGCAACAGUGCGACCGGAGGCAGCUAUCAACUGGGCAGUCCGACCGGAGCAAGCGCAACACCGUACACCACAGUAACAGGUACUUUCCACGGCAUAGCUGCUCCUUAUGAGGGAGCUAGCCCGUACGGGGUGAACGUAACUCUCGCCCCCGGGGGGGUGAUAAGGGUUCCGGCACACAGGCCCCUGGCCGCUGCAGUGCCUCCACCCAUGGCCAGCGCUGUACCCGGACUGGGGAGCAUCAGCUUCCCUUGGAUGGAGAGCAGUCAACGCUUCGCCAAGGACAGGUUUGCAGCGGCCCUGGCGCCUUUCACAGUGGCCAGGCGCAUAGGCCACCCUUACCAGAAUCGCACGCCCCCCAAGAGGAAGAAGCCCCGCACCUCGUUUUCCCGUGUGCAGAUUUGCGAGCUGGAAAAACGCUUCCACCGACAGAAGUACUUAGCCAGCGCCGAGCGUGCAGCUCUGGCUAAAACGCUGAAAAUGACGGACGCACAGGUGAAAACCUGGUUCCAGAACCGCAGGACCAAAUGGAGACGACAGACGGCCGAGGAGCGGGAGGCAGAGCGUCAGCAGGCCAACCGGUUAAUGAUGCAGCUCCAGCACGACGCCUUCCAGAAAUCCCUGACUGACUCGGUUCCGGCCGACCCGCUCUGCAUCCACAACUCCUCCCUGUUCGCCCUCCAGAACCUGCAGCCCUGGGCCAGCGACGAGGGCGGUAAACUCGGCGGCGUCACCGCGCUCGUAUGAACGACUGGAACGGGAGGACAUUCAGGGGCUCUGGCUGGAAAGUCGACCGGUUUAUAAAGUCAGUGACUUUCUGAUUUAACGGAAAACCGGGCAAACUCGUGCCGGCCGGCCAACCGCGGGCCCUGCAAAGACCUCCGGGACGUUUUCAGUGCGUUUCUUUACGGACCAGGCUGACUGGAACGAGGCAAGAAAUAGCUUCCUUUCCCCGCCAGUUAAAAAUGACAUAUAGUGACCCGUGGAGAGGAGCAGGUCACACUGCAGUUCUCUGGCUCCGAGCUCCGCACUAACAUAUUGACAGACUGAUGCAUCACAGCUCUGCUACUGUACCCCUCCCUCUUCCCAUAUGUCUCUCUCUCUCCCUCUUUAUCUCUCUCUCAUCACUCCAUCACGCAGGGAGAAUGCAGAAUUAACGACGGAGAGACGCAUAACGAAUAAUAAAUAAUUCAGAAUCCGAGUUGCCUGACCUCCUACGCCCCUUUCGGCAAUUUGACCGCUAGUGGAAAAGCUACCAAGGACAUAAACGCACAGGCACGGGGGCCUGCUACACCUACCGCAAAUCGGGCUAGGCAUUACAUUCAUGGUCACAUUCUUACGGGAGGUCCAAGGGCUAUAUUCUUUCAUUUACAUACAAAAAGUAAAACUAGCGCCUGUCCUUAAGUUGCUCUUUAUUCACAGCUAUCAUUGCCAUGCGUUUAUCUAUAUCCGUCGUGGUUGUUUUAAACGGAAAUCAGUGAAUGGGAACACACUAGAGUCUCUUAUAAAAACGCUGUACAGUUAUGAAAACGGUUAAGAUGUGAUAGAGAGGAAAUGUACAGUGAAAAUGGUGUUGAAUAAAGUGUCUAAAACGUUUGUAAAAUGCUCUUACGGGAAACGAGCACACUUGUAUUCAAAUCUGUGUAUUAUACACUGUAAUUGUAAAUAGCCGAAAUGUAAUUAAACACUCGUUUUUUUUUG